AUGACAAAAUCGAGACCAAACUUUCUCAUCAUUGUUGCUGACGACUUGGGGUUCACAGACUUGACUCCUUAUGGAGGGGAGAUCGAUACUCCAAAUUUGGACAGAUUGAGUAAAGGCUGGAAUACUCCAGGAACUGGAGCAUUAGUUACCGACUUUCAUACCGCUCCAACAUGUUCUCCUACAAGAUCAAUGCUUUUUUCUGGAACCGAUAACCACAUUGCUGGGUUAGGUCAGAUGGCAGAAUUCAUGAGAAGUGACCCAGAUGCGUUUAAAGACAAACCAGGUUAUGAAGGUUACUUGAAUGAUAGGGUCGCACCACUUCCUGAAAUUCUUCAAGACGACGGCUACUUUACUUGGAUUUCUGGGAAAUGGCAUUUGGGUUUAUUACCUGAAUAUUGGCCUGUGAAAAGAGGAUUUGAAAAAGUCUUCACCUUGUUGCCUGGUGCUGGAAAUCAUUACAAGUACUUUCCUGGUUUGGGUGAUACCAAUUUCAAAUUUUUACCACCUUUAUUCUGUGAAGACGACAAGGAUUUUAAUCCUGAAACUCUUCCAGAAAAUUUCUACUCCACUGACUAUUAUACAGACAAAGGAAUUGAGUAUAUUGUGGACGAGUCUUUGAGAAAAGGAAGACCAUUCUUUGGCUGUCUCACUUAUACCGCUCCGCAUUGGCCCUAUCAGGCACCUGAAGAACGGGUGCAAAAAUACCGAGGAAAAUAUGAUAAUGGUCCUGAAAACUUGAGGAAGACCAGAUUGGAAGCAGCAAUUAAAUUGGGUAUUGUCCCUGAAAAUAUCAAGCCUCAUGUCAUGACAUCGCUCAAAAAAGACAGAUGGAAAGAUUUGAGCGACGAAGACCGUCGCUACCAAGCAAGAAUCAUGGAGACGUACGCUGCGAUGGUGGAUAUUUUGGACGAAAAUGUUGGAAAAGUGGUGAAGGUUUUGGAAGAAAGGGGAGAAUUGGACAAUACUUUCAUUGCAUUUAUGUCAGAUAAUGGUGCAGAAGGAAUGACGAGAGAGGCACUUCCAUUGGGAGCUGCACCUAUCCAAAAUUAUAUCAACACUUACUACAAUAAUUCCUACGAGAAUAUUGGCAAAAAGGACUCAUUUGUCUUUUAUGGUGACCAAUGGGCUCAAGCCGCUACCGCCCCAUGGUACAAAUAUAAAGCGUGGGCGUCGGAAGGUGGAAUCAGAUGUCCGUUAAUUGUUCAUCAUCCUCAAAUUUUGCAGCCAUCACCAGAGAAAAAAAUCUACAACACAUUCACAACCGUGAUGGAUAUCUUGCCCACUGUUCUUGAAUUAGCUGGAGUGGAGCAUCCUGGAUCGACUUACAAGGGCAGAAAAGUAGCAAUUCCAAAAGGAAAAUCGUGGGUAUCGCAUUUGGCUGGAAAAGACGAAAAAGUUCAUCCUGAUGGUACGGUUACAGGAUGGGAGCUAUUUGGCCAACAGGCGGUUCGAAAGGACCCAUACAAAGCUUUGAACAUUCCUGCUCCUUAUGGGUCUGGUGAGUGGGAGCUAUACAAUAUUAGAGAUGAUCCUGGAGAAACCACCGACUUGGCCAAAGAUGAGCCAGAAAAACUUCAAGAGAUGAUUAACCAUUGGUUGGAGUAUGUUGCUGAAACUGGUAUGAUCGAGGUGAGGCACAUUUUCUACAACUUUAACGACAUCCCCGAGGUCAAGUGGACUGUGUGUGAGGACUAA